AAAAAUAAAAAAUAAAAAGGACGGUCAGAGAGGCAGAAGAAAGUUGCAGAGGCAUUCGUUGAAGCAGCGAGACUGUUAAAAGAUAGAGAGUAGAGUAGCUCUGGGAUUCCGACGAUGGCCACAUGGCUGAGGGCACCGCCACAUCCCGGUCCUCCACUAUUCGAUUACGAGAUUAAUAGGCUAAUUUUUCAGUCUCGAAAAAGUCGAAUCCUCUGCUUCUCCGAUAACCAUCGUCGGCGAAUUCUCUCUGUGGAUAAUUUUAGGAAUCUUCGCGGCCGUAGCAGAAUCUAUUGCAACAACUCUGAUGAUUCCAUAAACAAACAACAAUCGCAAUCAACUGGAAUUCAACUUUACUCGGAGAUUGAGAGAUUACUUACAGAAACUGCAAAGCAAGCGCAGGGUCCUUGGGGUGGGUCGGGAGAAUGGACGGAAGUUGAGGGAGCGUGGGUUCUCAAACCAAGCAGCUCAAAACCCAGGGCAGUUGUACAUUUUGUUGGUGGCAUAUUUGUUGGAGCUGCUCCUCAGCUUACCUAUCGUUUAUUCCUUGAGCGCCUUUCAGAAAAGGGUGUAUUGGUGAUUGCAACUCCAUAUGCUAGUGGAUUUGAUCACUUUUUUAUUGCAGAUGAGGUCCAGUUCAAAUUUGAUAGGUGCUAUCGGUUUAUGCAAGAAACAAUACAAGAUCUUCCUACUUUUGGCAUUGGACAUUCUUUGGGAUCUGUCAUCCACCUUUUGAUUGGAUCACGAUAUGCUGUUCAAAGAAGUGGCAAUAUAUUAAUGGCAUUCAAUAACAAGGAGGCAAGCUUAGCCAUCCCUUUGUUCUCACCUGUUAUUGUCCCAAUGGCCCAAAGCUUGGGACCACUUCUAUCACAAAUUGCAUCAUCACCGACGGUUCGCCUUGGGGCGGAGAUGACUUUGAAGCAAUUAGGAAACCUUAGCCCUCCCAUUAUGAAGCAAGUUAUUCCUUUAGUUGAGCAACUCCCUCCCUUGUACAUGGACUUGGUCAAGGGAAGAGAGGAUUUUAGUCCAAAACCAGAAGAAACACGACGACUGAUAAAGUCAUACUAUGGCAUUUCCAGGAAUCUCCUCAUAAAGUUCAAGGAUGAUACAAUUGAUGAAACCGCAGUGCUAGCACAGGUACUUAGUUCAGAAUCAGCCAUUAGUUCAAUGCUGGACAUGUCCAUGCGCUUGUUGCCCGGAGAUCAUGGGCUUCCUUUGCAACAGGCGCUCCCUGAGGUUCCACCAGCAAUGGCUGAUGCAGUUAACCGGGGAGGCGAGCUUCUGGCAAAUCUGACUGUGGGUACACCAUGGGAGUCAGUAGCCAAAGAAGUGGGUGACACAUUUGGUGUAGACUCGAAGAUCCUUCGUACAGAAAUAUCAAAGGACGUAGACCAGCUUGUAGAUGUGAUCACAUCUUGGAUGGCUUCCAACACGGGUCCAAAACUUUUGAGGCCUUGAAUUUGAUGACUUUGAAACCCCAAAACAAAAAUGCAAAGAAAGAAAUAUACCGAUUCCGAGGAAUAAGUGUGUAUAUAGCUACUGACUUUGCUCAUUUUCUCGAGUUCAUUUUAUGUCGCACAAGGAAUGUCCAAAGUAGAUGUAAACAUGGAUUCGACAACUCAGAAUUCAAUGUACAUGUUUGCUAGGCUGUGACAGAAAUAAGUGUUUGUAAACAAGGAAUAGAAAGUCUCCCUGCUA